CUGGAAGUCCACUAAACAAACAAUACUUUCUCGGUCUACUUUUGAGGCUGAAUUGUGUGCGUUGGAUACUACUGGAAUUAUGGCUGAAUGGUUUAUGGGACUAAUGUCUGAGUUACCUAUAUUCAGCAAGCCAAUUCCACCUAUUUGUUUGCAUUGUGAUAGUAUGAGCACAAUUACAAAAAUUAGGAGUACCAAGUAUAAUCAAAAGACUAGGAGACACAUUCAAGUUAGAUUAAAAACUAUAAGGAAAUUUGUGUCUCAAGGGGUGUUUGCUGUUGAUUUUGUUGGAUCCAAAGAUAAUACAGCGGACCCUUUAACAAAAGGACUUGAUUUAAAUCAAGUGAUAAAAUCCAGGUUAGGAAUGGGACUGAAACCCAACAAUUAUUCAACUACGGUAGCAACCCAACCUAUCUGAGUGGAGAUCCCACAAAGUAGGUUCAAUGUGGUAUAAACAAACCGUAGAGUGAAUUGUGCAUCUCAUUAAAAUAUUUAAUGAGUUCUAUUCCUUGAUAAGCCUGAGAGAUGCUGAAAUUGCUAAGUAAGUAAGAGUUUAAGACUCUGAAUGGGAUCGAGCUUUAAUUAAUAGCAGAGUGUUAGCAAUGCACUCUUGGAGAUGCCCAACUAUGAGAAUGUUAUUGUGUGGCCGCAAUAAGAGAAUAGGGGUUAAUUCUCGAUGACAUUCUUGAGACAGGAUCGGGACGCACGGCCGUAAAGUGUCAACCCUAUAGAUCGUUGCCAUUGCCUUUAGUGUGUUGCUUUUAUCCCACGCCACCACAACCAAGGUUCGAGUUCAAGAACUAUGUUCACUCUGUUCCUGUGGGGGUUAGGGGUAAAAGCUUAGAAGUUGGUUCAAACCGGAAGGUACCAUUUUUGAAAGCACACUAUGUCCGUUAGAGUCUUGUCUACAACUAUGGAUUUGUGGGGGAUUGUUGGAAAUAUGAUGAAAUAUUUAUUAUAUUGAGGAGUUUCGUUCAGUACUCCUAGGAUAUAAUUGUAUAAAUAUGAAUUGAGAAGGCUGAUUAUAUAUCAAAGAACAACUAACAUGUUUGGAUUAUUUCAUCAAAUGAAUAGAAUCCAUAGUUGUAAAUGUUGUAAAGUGAUAUAUUAAUAAAGUGAAUUUAGUAGUAAAUAAAUAGCCUCAAUUUGUUUAUAGAAUAUUAUGUGAUAAAGAAUAUUAUUAUCACAUAAGACUUAAAAGAUUGUUCCAGACAUACUCAUGUGUGGUAGUAUGAAUAUAGACAUUUGGAGGCAUUUAUUUUGGACAAAUUCUGCACUUUAGUAAAUCGUAGCCUCGAUUAUUUUUUGGAAAUGUAGUUUGGUGGUACAGAUUAAUUUGAAAAGUUAAUUUCGAAUCAGUUGCAAUUGUAGCGAAUAAAUACUGGUUUGAAAUUUUGAUUUCAAAUUGUUGUUUACCUGGUCUAGAGAGCUGCUUGGCUUUAUCCGAAAUCUUUGGCUCGUGCCAAACAUGUAGGAGCACCAACUACUUCCGAAUUCUAAUCUAUAUUUAUAUAAUGAAUAAAUUAAUUCUGAUUUCAGUACAACAUAGCCCACCGCAUGCGUUCAACUUGAAACCCAAAAAGCUCCACCACUAAAUACUACGUACUCUCCAUUUGGCCUGGUGUUUUUGCUUUUCCCCGUUUCGAAAGAAAAGAAAACUCAUAUCAUACCCAUAGUAAUAUUAUAAUCUUGGUCAUCCUUUUGAGCUCUUCUUUCUUUUAAUCGACAAUUGGGCAACGGUCGGAGUGUUUCUGUCAAGCAAGCUAAAGGACCGAAACAGAG